CACGCUUAGCAAAUUGCAAAUUGCACUCCAAAAGUGACAUGUAGUAAUUGUUAAAUAUAUUUAAACCCAUGGCAUACUCUACUCGCAAUUGUUGUUUCUUUUUAUCUUUUUUCGUUUCCGUAUUAUUUCCAGCUUGAGACGGUAUGUAUCGUUCGGGUUAUGUACCUGUACCAGAUCGAAACAUCGGCCCCUUGAAACGAUUAUCCUAUUACCUACAUGCACUUUUCCUUUCUGCCUACAUAUCUCACCUAUUACCUACGCCAAAACCGCAAUGUCAUCACCAUCCGCCCCAGGACCCCUCGUCCGCCUACGGGGCCUCCGCACCGAACAGCUCCCCGCAGCUACCGCGUCGCCCGACGAGCUGGCGCCCUUCCUCUUCGCAAUCCUGCGGGAAGCCGUCCCGUUCAUCGACUCGGCGGCGCCGAAGGCGGGAAACGGCGCUGCGGACCCGAAGCUCUGGAAGUUGAAGGGGAGCCACGCGCAUCCGGACGCGGCGGCGAGAAUCGAUGUCUUGGAACGUGUGGUCCCGGCUGCUGAGCUGGGGGAGGUGGCUAAGGAGGGUGGUAGUAAGGAGAAGGAGAAGGGAAAAGGGAAAGUUAGGCCGGAAACUUGGUGCUGCCGCCGCAGCGUCCACGAGGAUAAGCCGGAGAGGGGAACGGCGUCCUGGGAGGAAUUCGUGCGCAGCUUCCGCGACGAGCAUGCCGAGUCGGAGCGGGCGUUUACGCCGGCGUGCGUGGAUGCGCAUCAGGCUUUGGCGUGGGACUGCGGGGGCGCGGAAGCCUUGGAGGGGGGGCAGACGUGGGGACGGUUCGGGCUGAUUGUGCAGGAGAUGCGGCAUCGCAUUGGGAGGCCGGUGUUGAAGGAUCGGACGUUUCCCGUGCUGCAGAUGACUGCUACUGCUAGCUCCACCACCACAUCUUCCUCGGGAGAAGAAGAGGAGGAAGAAGAGUUCCUCGUGGUAAGCAUCCCCAUACCGGAUUUCGGGACGUCGGAAGCGAGUAAACUGGCGAGGGAAAGGGGGGCGCAGAUCGCUAGUUAUGUGAGUGUGGAGAGGAUCCGGAGAAUGGGGGAGGGGGAUGGGGAUGGGGAUGGGGACGGGGGUAGGAAGGUGGAGUGGCUGAUGGCGACGGCGAGUGAUGCGGGAGGCGUGCUGCCGGCUUGGGUGCAGAAUGUGGCGGCGCCGGGGGUCAUUUGGAAGGAUGUGCCGCUGUUUUUGGGGUGGAUUGGUAGGGAGAGGGUGAAGAGGCAGCAGGGUAAAGAUGAUGAUGGUACGAAUAACGCUAGGGGUGUUGCGGCUGGGGAUACUUAGGUCUCGGCUGGAUUGGAAGUAUAAACUAGAUGGCGAAGGGGUCGGGGAGUAGUUAAUACCGGUAGGAUCUUGGGAGGGAGGAGUAGAGAUGAUGGGAGUGGAAGUGCGAUAUAUGACACAGCGAUUUAUAGUAUUUGGCGGAGGGCGUUAGAUGUUAUUGUGUUAAUAUGAUUAUAGUCUAAGGAAGAACUGCUUGUAAAAUUAAGGAUGCUAUCUAGGUAAUGAUGGUUACCUAGAACUCAUAGCUACCUAUUUCAGUCGGUUGAGGUUAAAGGCUCGAGCAUGGUAUGAUUUAUUACAACUCCUGCGCUUGGUAUAAUCUGUAGUUUCGUACUGACAUGGCCUGUGAUAUAUAGUCUUUGGAAACAUCUUAUAGAGAGGCGGUUCAUAACUGCGAAGGAGACACAGGUAUAUACUCUACUUAUAUUAACAAAUGAAGACUUUGAAAAGACUCGAAAUAUACUUAUACUGCCUUAGGAAUAGUU